AUGACUACGUCCGAUCACCGUCAUUCUCAAAAUCAUAGUGAAACAAACAAUCAUCAUCAUCAUUCCAACAAUCAAAAUCGUGAUGAAGAAAUUGAUUCCGAAUUACUUGAAUUAGAAACUGCCUUGAAUGAUAUUGAAAAAGCUAUGGAUAAGAUUGAAUCCCAAAAUUCCACCAUUCAAAAUCGAUUGCGUGAUUUACUUGAAUCAAAUAGACAAAUGACGCGUGAAUUCACCGAUAUUCGACGAAACAUGUCGACCGCGGUAACAUCGAAUACAUUAACAAAGAUCGAACAGGAUAUGUCAUCGACAAGAGAUCAACAUAAAUUCGAAUGA